AUGUAUUUCGAGGGACACUCUCAGUGGAUUCUCAAGCUGUUAGAGUCGAUCGAUUGGAAACAUCUAUCCGACGAAAAAGUAGAGAGCAUCCUCAAACUUGUACAUUCAAACCAUAAACGAUCGAUGAGUUGCUCGCAUCUAAUGUGCUCGUCAUCCUGUAAAGCCACUAUCGAUACCAAAGAUGUUUUUCCACUACUUGAUGAACGAAUGACACAUAGCAGUAUUCGAGAGUUUGCUGUCAAUCAACUUUCGUCAAUCACCGACGAUGAUCUUAUUCUCUAUAUUCCACAAUUAGUUUAUUUCCUUAGAUUCGAAACAUAUAAUUCGAAACUAAAGGAAUUCUUAUUUAGAAGAUCAAGAGAAUCAAAGAUAAUUGCUCACUAUGAUAUCAGAUAUCCCGUCAAUCCUCUCUACAGAAUCAAGUCAAUCGACAAGAGCCGCGCCAAAAUCAAAGAUAGCGCUACCAAACCAGUUAAACUCACUUUUAAUUGUGUGAAUGUCGAAACCAACGAAGAGCGACAGAUGGAUCUCAUCUUUAAGAAAGACGACGUCAGAAAAGACCGUGUCAUUCUCAAUAUUAUCAGUAUCAUGACAAAGAUUCUGAAGGAGAACAUCGAUCCUUUCCUUCAGAUAAAGAAUCGCAAGGUUGAAAAUGACUUUGAAGAUUUUCUCGAGGCGGUUGGCUACAAAGAUUCCAAGAAACUUGUAACACUAGUCGACUCACCAGAGUUGGAAUCAGUACUGAAGUUGAUGCGUCCACACAGCGAUCUUGUUCAGUUUCUCCUGGUCGAGAAGGAUCACUUGUCGAUAGAGAACAGAAUUCGAUUGGAGCAACAGAAGUACAUUGAUGAAAACCUGUUGGAUACAGAGUCAAACAUACUGGCUAGCAGUAAAAAGAAAAUGUUGGAUCAUCUUCACAGUAUCUAUGCGAAUGCAUACAAUGAAAUGGUGAAUAUGCAGAAAGCAGAGAUACACCACAUUCUAAGUUCUAUUAUCACCUACACUGUGCUCCCAUAUGGAAGUGAGUUUGGCUUCAUUGAGGUCGUCCAAGAUGCAGAGACACUCUACGAUAUCUACGGAGAUCCAAAGAUUACAUCAUUAAAGAUCAAUGAGUAUCUAAAGAAACACAAUCCAAGCCACCGGCUGCAUGAAGUCAAUACCACCUUUAGAAAUAGUAUGGCAGUCCAACGCGAUACCUACAAACAAAAGUUUAUCGACUCUGUCCACAAGACAAAGAAGACUUACGCACCGUACUUUACUGACGCCACCACACAGAUUCUCUGGAGUUCCUACGGUGUAAUCAGUAGCUAUGCAUCGAUCUGCAAACAGAAACUCAUUCAACUGAUUCCUCAACAAAGUCCAGCUGCCAUGACGAUUGUUGAAGGUCAAACAGGAGAAAAAGAAGAAGAAGAAGAAGCAGAAGCAGAAGUAGUUGAUGAAAGAGAUAGAGAUAGAGAAACAAAUGAGGAUCAAAAAGAAGUUGAACAUGAAGAAUUUAAUUAUCACUAUCAAAAUCUAAGUCAAUCAUUCAGUGAAUAUGAAGCUAAUGCCGAUAAUAUUGAACUUAUUCCAACUGUAAAUCCCAUUCCAUUCACAACAACUACAACUACAACUACUUCAACAACGGCAGCAACAACAUUUCAUAAUUUCAAUGAUUAUUUAAACGAUCAACAAGACAUUUCACUUUAUCCAACACUUGAAUCAAGUAAUAUAUCUGAUUGUUUAGAUUAUUGA